CAAAGCUAGCCAGCGAUGUCAAAGCUAGCCAGCGAUGUGUAGUUUAUGAUAUUAUUCUCUUUAUUUUAAUAGCUAGCUAGAUAACUGUAAACAUAAAAACUGUUUCGUUGAAAAGUGGCCAAAAGCGUCGGGGGACAAUGUCGAAUUCCGUGGUCGAGUUCCAGGUGCAGAUAGCCUCAAUCAUGGAGGUGCUAGCCAACGCGGCUGUAGCCGAAAUCUGCAAAAUUGUUGACGAUGGCUAUGCGGUUGUACAUCUGGAGAUGACUCAAAGCCACAAGGACAACGAAUUUCUCCGGAGGAAAUUGAAAUUGAUGGAACUUCAGAUCGCCAAGUUUCGAGCAGAGAGAACAAAGUUUUCAGAGGGGUCCGUCCACAAUCGCUUCCAUGGAAUACGCCUCCUAAACAGAAACAGCAAUCGAGAGAAGGCAAUGACAGGACCUACUUGGCAAAGCAGAGCCAGACUUUCCAACAGGAGUUUUGGGAACAGCAGCAUACCAAGAGACAGACAGCCCAUAGACGUGGACCAAGAGGAUGUCUCUCCAUCAAAGCAUAUGGCUGCUACAAGUGAUGAGCAGUCAGCAGAGACAGAGGAAGGGGAACCAGACCUGCUCAUCAUCAAGGAUGAGGGGGAAGCAGAUGACCAGGACUCUAGGUCCAGACACCCAGCCAGAACAGAGGGCAGCAGAGAGCUAACCACCCAACUGGCUGCAGCCACCACAGAGGACCCCGCCUUCCAGUCCAGUGGCCCCAGAGGCAACAACAACUACAACAACACUACUAUGGAGCAGUCAGCAGAGACAGAGGAAGUGGAACCAGACCUGCUGAUCAUCAAGGUGGAGGGAGAAGCAGAUGACCAGGACUCUAGGAUCAGUCACCCAGCCAGAACAGUGGAGGGCAGCAGAGAGCUAACCACCCAACCGGCUGCAGCCACCACAGAGGACCCCGCCUUCCAGUCCAGUGGCCCCAGAGGCAAAAACAACUACAACACCACCGCUAUGGAGGCCAAAUCUACUGUGGAACAGGGGGACACAGAGGGGGAAUAGAGUCUGGACAGACAGAGAAGUGUCCCCCUGACACUCACAACGCAGCGCUAUGUGGAACUGUAGGGUUGAGGUUCAAGCAGACACUACGUCACUGCCAAAUCUAAGGGUAGAGCUCGACAAUUCAAGUCCCUUGGGUGCUGCCAUGGAGUUACAUUAGAAGUUCACAUCCAAGAAGGCUCAAGGUCAUUGGCCACAACCAUUACACAACAAGUUGGAAAUAGCAAAUUCAACAAUUAGUGGUUUGGAAGGGAUCAGUGGCUAACUGCAAGCAUUACAAAGGAAUCACUAACCUGCUAUUCAGUGGAGUUGGUGUGUGGUCCCAAUUUUCAGUUUAAGGUUGUCUUUUCCAAAUUUAAAAUGAUAAACAUUCAAUAUUGACCAUGCUGUCAAUCCAGCAUGAUUUAUGCUGCGCUCAAAACAACUGUUAACUCAGAACUGGAAAAUCUGACUUCAGUGAAUUCAAGACAACAGAACUCAAGCUCCGACUGGGAAAAUACGUUUUGAAAGGUCAUCUAACUCGGAAUUGUAAAUCAGGAACUCGGGCCUCUUUCUAGACCUGAAGAUCACUGAAGUCAUCAUGAUUCAACCUUGUUUUUUUUUGAGUUCCCAGUUGUCUUGAAAGCACCAUAAAUCCAGAGAAUGCCUGACUUUGAUGACAAAGUUUGAUGAAAAAAUUAGCCCACGAAGGACUAGUCCAAAAAUGUCUUGUAUGCUGCUGCAUAAAUGAUGUAAUAUAACAGGGAGAUAUGUAUACUGUAGCUAAGAAAGUAAUACUAAGUGUAUGUUGUAUAGUAAGCUGUUAGUAACCCAUGUGCCUCACCCUAAUAAUGUGGUCUAUUUUCCCCUCUUAAUUUCACCUAUUGUUCUGACUUGGUGGUGCACAUGUAGCCUAUAACCUGUUUUAGAGAAAUGUAAUCAUUGGAUAUUGUAA